CUUACUUCCCCAGAUCCCAUCUUCUUGAAGCUGAAGCUCUCCACUUGGUCCUUUCUCUUUCUCCCUCUCCCUCUCCCUCUCCCUCUCCCUCUCCGUGUUGAAGGCUUGGAGUGAUGGGUUACCCGGCAAACGGCGCCGCCGACAAGCCCCUGAAGUUCCUGAUCUACGGGAGGACAGGAUGGAUCGGCGGCCUCCUCGGGGAGCUCUGCCGGGCCCAGUCCAUUGACUUCGAGUACGGUUCCGGCCGCCUCGAGAACCGCUCCUCCCUCGAGGCCGACAUCGCCGCCGUCGCCCCCACCCACGUCUUCAACGCCGCCGGCGUCACCGGCCGUCCCAACGUCGACUGGUGCGAGUCCCACAAGGUCGAGACCAUCCGGACCAAUGUCGUCGGGACCCUCACCCUCGCCGACGUCUGCAGGGAGAGGGGGCUGGUCCUCAUCAACUACGCCACCGGCUGCAUCUUCGAGUACGACCAGGCCCACCCUCUUGGCUCCGGCAUCGGGUUCAAGGAGGAGGACACCCCCAACUUCGUCGGCUCUUUCUACUCCAAGACCAAGGCCAUGGUGGAGGAGUUGCUUAAGAACUACGAGAAUGUCUGCACUCUCAGGGUCCGAAUGCCAAUCUCAUCCGAUCUCUCCAACCCUCGUAACUUCAUCACAAAGAUCACCCGGUAUGAGAAAGUCGUGAACAUCCCCAACUCCAUGACCAUCCUCGACGAGCUCCUCCCCAUCUCCAUCGAGAUGGCCAAGAGGAACCUCACAGGCAUCUGGAACUUCACCAACCCAGGAGUCGUGAGCCACAACGAGAUCCUCGAGAUAUACAAGGAGUUUAUCGACCCACACUUCUCGUGGAAGAACUUCACCCUCGAAGAGCAGGCAAAAGUCAUAGUCGCCCCUCGGAGCAACAACGAGCUCGAUGCUUCUAAGCUGAAGAAGGAAUUCCCCGAGCUAAUGUCCAUCAAGGAGUCUCUUGUGAAGUAUGUAUUCGAACCAAACAAGAAGAAGACCGGAGCUUGAGGUUGGAGGUUUUGGUGUUCACGGAGUUCACGAAUCAACAUAAUUCGAUGGCUAAGACAACGUUUGUUCGUUUGGUUUAUACAGGGCUUCAUCUCAUCUUUCUCUAGAAGGCCGUGCAAGUAUUGCCUUAUAUUUAUCUUGGGAUGUUCUUGAUUUGUAUCGAUUUGAUCUUUGAAUAAAAAAAAUUUUAAUUUGGGAGAGAAUUGUUCAAGAAUCUAAAGUUGUAAGGUUACAUAUGUUAGUUUUUUGUUGUGGAGAAAUGUCAAUUGUUUUAA